AAUUGAUAUAAAUAAAAAUAAUAAAUGCAGGCGGAAACUAAUAAUGGAUACUUGAGGACAAAUCCUAUACCUAACUCCAUACCCAAGAAUGCAGCCCUUUUGCCACCUGAUGAGCACGAAAUGCCGCACACCACGACUCUACAGGUGACUUGUACCCCAAGAGGUAACACCACGACGACGAUUGUUCUUCCUCAAGGAAAUUCCAGGAGAAUUCCAGGGAUCACCAGAGCUACAUCUGUCACAAGACCUCGUCGAGGUCCCACUAAUCGCCAACAACUUGUCGGAGUUCUCGCUGUAACACUCCUCGCAGCUAUUCUUUUAGCACUCUUGUUGCUGGCAUUAAACCGAGGGCGAGAAUGUAUGAAAGACACGAGACCAAAAAUUUGCCUGACUCAGGAAUGCAUCAAAACAG